UGUUGAAUGUUCGUGUGUGACAUUAUUUUUACUAGACUGCUAACUGUUUGUGAGUGUCAUAUCAAGUGUUUUCUACUUUAUUAUUUGCAGGAACAUCAGGUGCGAGCCAUCAAACUUCUGACAACCGAAACCUUGAUAUAUUUUCAUCUUUCACAUUUGGAUUAGAGACUGAUACUUUCAUCAUAGAGUAGCCUCUGGGGCCACUCUGGGUCAGCGAGCGCUGGCACCCACUUUCAUCAGACUGAUUCUUCAGGUGAAGAAUGAGGUAGCAAGGAUGGGGCGCGGGGGGCGUAGGUUGGGCCUCGCCAUCGCCGCUGUGCUGGUGUUUAUGGUGCUCACAUACAAGUUGCAGCUCUGCGGCCGUACAGACAGAGGUCCCGUCAUGGUCGCCAAACAGACGUACGUUGUCGGUAACGACAACCAGGUGUACAGCUAUGACCGCUUCAUGCCGCUCAUCUUCAUCGGCGGAGUGCCGCGCUCGGGGACCACGCUGAUGAGGGCGAUGUUGGACGCUCACCCGGACGUGAGGUGUGGCCAGGAAACCCGCGUCAUCCCCCGAAUUCUGCAAAUGCGCCAGCACUGGAUGAAGUCGAAGAAAGAGACUUUAAGGCUGGAGGAGGCUGGUGUCGAUAAGGAGGUUCUAAACUCUGCGAUUGCAUCCUUUUGCCUGGAGGUGAUUGCAAGACACGGAGAGCCAGCACCUAGACUGUGUAACAAAGAUCCCUUGACCCUCAAGUCAGCCGACUACCUCUCAGAGCUGUUCCCUCAGGCCAAGUUCAUCUUCAUGGUGAGAGAUGGCAGAGCCACUGUCCACUCCAUUAUUUCCAGACAGGUGACGAUAACAGGUUUCGACCUGACCAGCUAUCGCCAGUGUUUACAGCGGUGGAACAACGCCAUCGCUACCAUGUACGAGCAGUGUCAACUGGUGGGUUCCCAACGUUGUAUGAUGGUGUACUACGAGCAACUGGUCCUGCACCCGGCCCACUGGAUGAGAGAGAUACUCGACUUCCUGGACGUGCCUUGGAACGAGAGUGUCCUACACCAUGAGGACCACAUCAACAAACCCGGCGGAGUUCUGCUUUCCAAAGUGGAGAGAUCGUCGGACCAAGUGAUAAAGCCGGUGAACGUGGAGGCCCUGACCAAGUGGGUGGGCCAGAUACCCAAGGAUGUCGUGGCCGACAUGGCCGAGAUAGCUCCCAUGUUGGCCAAGCUGGGCUACGACCCCAACGGCAACCCUCCCAACUACGGCAGCCCUGACGCGUUCGUCGCGGACAACACGCGGAGGAUACGAGACCAGAUACAGCUGUGGGAGAAGCGCGCCAACAACAUGCACUUGCCCCUGGCGCCCCAAGGGGACGAGAUGGAGACCACGAUCAACACCGCGUGACACGUGGACGUCACGUGACUUCUCUGCGUGACCUCACCUGACAUUAGUGAUUCUACAUGCCAUUAUUUAUUGUCUCGUCGGUUUUCAAUUGUGCUAGUGCUAAUUUUUAUUCCCAAUAUUGAUCUUUAUUUGAAUUUUUGGAAAUUUUAUCGUUGUUUGUAAAUAGAGUUUUGUAUUUCGUGUUUUAUUGUUUUGUUAUGCCUUUUAAUUUUUUUCUGUUUUAUUUACGAUAAUCAAUCAUCAAAAUCAAACAUAUAUAUUAGCACAAAAUUCUAGUAUAAUAUUUUGAUUAGUAUUAAGAUAAGUAAAUUGUAAUGUUACGUUACAAACUCACCAAAAUCUUUGGGCAUUUUAAAUCUGUUAAGUUUAUUGAUUAUUUUGUCUUAAUUCAGGCUCCUUGUACUUUCCGACAUGUACUAUAUCUUAUACUGAUAUAUACCUUAAACUUUUGUCAUAUUUGUUAAGACAAAUGAGAUAUUUUAUAUGGAGAACAAAGUUUAAGCACAAUCUGAAUAAAUGCAACGACAUGUACUGUAUCGUGGAAUAUUAUCAUUCCAGGCUUUGCUAAACUGACUGUGUAAAUGUGAGUAAAUUUUCCAUAUUAUAGUAUAUAUACAAUGAAUUUGUACAUAACUGAUGGUAAUAAAUUAUUUUUGUAAAUAUUGGAAUUUUAUUAGUGUUGACCUCAAUGUCUUUGUUAGGUUUUUGAAUAAAGUAUACAUUUUUAUUU